GAACGUUUGCGUAAUAUCGCUGCUAUCAAAGCUGAGGGUAAAGAAUAUAAGCCCAAGAAACCAUAUGUCAUUAAAUAUGGCAUUAAUCACGUUACUGCUCUCAUCGAGGCCAAGAAAGCACAACUGGUGUUGAUCGCCCAUGAUGUCGACCCCAUUGAAAUCGUUCUUUGGUUACCUGCGCUCUGCCGCAAAAUGCAAGUUCCUUAUGCAAUAAUUAAGAGUAAGUCUCGUUUGGGAACUGUAGUGCAUAAAAAAACUGCAACUGCUUUAGCUGUAGUUGAUGUUCGCGAUGAAGAUAAAGGUCAGCUGGCCAAUUUGAUUAACGGAAUUAAAAUCAAUUACAACGAUAAGUAUGAAGAUGCCAAAAGGCACUGGGGUGGUGGUAUUAUGGGAGCCAAGUCUCAAGCUAUGAUGGCUAAAAGGGAGAAAAAUGCUGGCAAGGAGGGUAAAAAACUUGAGUAA